GAGAAAGAUGUAUUAUAGUGCUAGGGAGUAGUUAAAAAAGGACUACUGAGCAGAGUCAGAUCUUUGAAAGCUGAGUGUGUGUUGGGGAAUCCUGCCUUUGUUUUACUGCUUUGGAUACUCUCCUUCCAUCACCAUAAAAAACUUACAUCCCUCUCUGUGUAACCUCUUCUCCUCUACUCUCUCUGGUCAUGUGGUGCACAAGGUUCAGAUUCCUUUCCCUUGUGCUUGUGAUCUACUUGGUUUCUCUUGGUGACUCCCUUGCUACUGCCCACAGAGUGGUUGGGAUGAUUGAGAAGAAUGAUGAUGAUGCAAAGGGUGCCAAAAAGGUUGGACUCGAGAUCACAGCUGCUCACAGACUGCCAAAUAUCACCCCAAAGAAGUCAUUGGGCUCAACAACAAAACUGAAUGACAAGACAUCCAGAAGCAACAGUGCACUGAGGACAAGACCAACAACCACCAUCAAGAAGAGCACAAGAGGGAAUUCAGCUGAGACACUGAAGCCAAAAGCAGCUGAACCAUUCUACCGUGGAUCUCAUGAUCCAUUCCAGAGAAUUGGAACCAAAAAACCAGCAGAUGCAGUCACUGAAAUGUUCAACAUGCUGCACAAGGACUACCACACAACGGGCCGCCGCCGGCCUCCGAUCAACAACAGCAUGCCUUUGAAAGAUCCCCAUGUCAAACACUAGACAGAUCAGCAAAAUUUGGACAGGAGAUGAACUCUUCUACUACUAACUCGAGCCUUUUCUUCUUGGAUAUCUGUUAGAGAACAAUAGAUGUUUGGAUAUAGUAAUCUUCAGUAAUGCCUCCAAGCCUCUUCAGCCCUUCUCUGAGUGGUUAUCUCAAAUCACCAUUGGAGUUGGACAUUUUGGCCAUAAAAUGAGCUUGAGGCUUGUACCAGAUCUUCAACUUCAAUCUUGCAGUAUAAUAUACCUUUCACAUUUGCUUCUCCAAGUGCUACUGAUCCUUUUGAGCAGCAGCAUGUUUCAUAGAUAUGAAGAGAGCUGCAGAUUGACAUUUUUCAUCAGGAGAAGCCAGAUUUUACCUUUUCUGCAUUCCAGAGACAAAAAGAGAAGCUCAUUAUCUCAUCUUGAUUCAUAUACUAAUUUUUCCUAGAAAAUAUUUCUCAGUAAUAUUUGGAAAUAUAAACUUGAGAUGAUUGAACAGGAGUCCCUCUAAAUCUCAUUCACAUAUUAUGACUGUUCUUUGAGAUCAUUUGCAGGUGGUCAUAACUCAUAAUUUAACUAAAUCUAUUUCAUCAGUGCAAAAUAUUGUUUAUUUAUUAUUGGAUUCAUUAGAUUAAUUUCAGUGUAAAACUAUUUUUUUUGGAAAGAAAUAUUGGAAAAAGAAAAAUAAAAAGACUUAUUAUAUGCUUCGCAGUCGGCAUGACGUGGGCUCAAUAACGGCCCAAGUCUCUUCAUGUUUCGGCUCGACCUAUUUGAGUCCCCAUCAUGAGCACCGUUAGAUUGAGCUUGAAUGACGUAGAUCGGCACAAUUUCGACCGUCUGAUCAACGAUUCCUCUUCGUUUCCCUUCCCGCAUCGCCAUUCGUUCUGAAGCGAUACGGGCCCCUCCCUGCGCUCCGCUUCACCCGCCGCUUCACCCGCGGCGCCGUUCGCAUCAGCGGACGCGUUGCUGGCUCCGCCGCCGACCUCGGCCCUCUUCCUCCUCCCCAGAUUCGAACGUUUUCCCCUUCCAUCCCUAUAAAUCGAGCGCUCCUCUCCUCCUUCCUUCCCAUCGCCCCAUUCACCAAUCCUUAAUUUUCCUCUUCCUCCUCCUAGUCCCUCGAUUUCGCCGGAAAAUGUAUCGCGCCACCGUGUUGGUCGUCCUCUUCCUGGCUGCGGCCGGCCUCGCCGCAGCCGCCGAGGCACCCGCUCCUGGGCCCAGCUCCAAGCCCGAGCAACCGGAAUCGGCCCAGUCUCCGGCGAAAUCCCCCGCCUCCGCCUCCGCCACCGCCCCUUCCACCUCCACCUCCACCGCCCCGGCCACCGUUCCCGCCACCGCCCCCGCCGCCGCCCAUUCCCCGGCCACAUCCCCCGCCUCCGCCCACGCCCCAGCGAAGGCUCUCUCUCCGGAGGCCGCCACAUCGCCCUCGAACUCCCCUGCCGCGGCGCCGACCCCCGACGCCGACUUGGACGACGACAGCGACGACGAUAUCCCAGCUGAGGGUCCGAUCUCCGGCAGCCCUCCGGAGCCAUCCUUGGCUGCUGCGCCUGCACCGGAGGAGGAAGACGCGCUGAGCCCCACGACGUCGCCUAGCGGAGCAGGGGCGCCUAUCGCAGCUGGUGCUGCCUUCGCCGCUCUCUCCGCCGCUGUGGCUGCCGUCUUCGCUUUCUAAAGGCCGGCCUCGACCAUAUUGAUCUAAGAUUCAUCAUUUUGCCUUUAGAUUCGUUAUAUUGUGAAUGGGGUCCACUGAAUAAUUGAUUUCAUUUAUUAUAUAUUGGAUUUAAUUCCUGACACUAUCUGGACUUAGAUCCAUUAAUCAUAUCGGAUCGGGUAUGCAUCA